AUCAUCCAGAGAACCAUCAACAACCUGAAGAAGAUGAACACUGGUGAAAUGUCUCCUGACAGAAGCAUCAACAUCUUCCACUGUCUGAUGGAGAUGAACAACCUCUCAGUUCAUCAGGAGAUCCAAGAGUUCCUGAGGUCAAAGAACAGAUCAAAAAAGAAACUCUCUGAUAUCCACUGCUCAGCUCUGUCCUACAUGCUGCAGAUGUCAGAGGAGGUUCUGGAUGAGUUGAACCUGGAUCAGUACAGAACAUCAAAGGAGGGACGACGGAGACUGAUCCCAGCUGUGAGGAACUGCAGAAAGGCUCAACUUGUUCAGUGUAGACUAUCAGAGAGUCACUGUGAAGUCGUGGCCUCAGCUCUGAAGUCCAACCCCUCCCAUCUGAAACAUCUGGACCUGAGUGAAAACAACCUGGAGGAUUCAGGAGUGAAGCAUCUGUCUGCUGGACUGGAGAGUCCAAACUGUAAACUGGAUACUCUGAGACUGAGGAGCUGCAGUUUGUCAGAGAUCAGCUGUGAUUCUCUGGGACCAGCUCUGAAGUCCAACCCCUCCCAUCUGAAACAUCUGGACCUGAGCUUCAACAACCUGAAGGAUUCAGGAGUGAAGCAGCUGUGUGGUUUUCUGGAGAGUCCAGACUGUAGACUGGAGACUCUGAGGUUGAGGAGCUGCAGUUUGUCAGAGAUCAGCUGUGAUUCUCUGGGACCAGCUCUGAAGUCCAACCCCUCCCAUCUGAAACUUCUGCACCUGAGUGAAAACAACCUGAAGGAUUCAGGAGUGAAGCAGCUGUGUGGUUUUCUGGAGAGUCCAGACUGUAGACUGGAGACUCUGGGGUUGAUUAACUGCAGUUUGUCAGAGAUCAGCUGUGAUUCUCUGGUCUCAGCUCUGAAGUCCAACCCCUCCCAUCUGAAACUUCUGGACCUGAGAUGCAACAACCUGAAGGAUUCAGAUGUGAAGCAGCUUCUUGAUCUUGUGGAGAGUCCAGACUAUAAACUGGAGACUGAGUGGCUGUAACAGUAGUAAACAGGAGGUUGUGUGCCGUGAGAGGAUGAGCUGUGUCCUGAUGAUCCAGAGGUUGAAGCAGACUCUGACUGGACCAUGUUACUGGGAGGUGGAGAGGAGUGGCUCCCACGCAGGAAGUUGGGGUUUAGAUCUGAGUUUGUGCAAAAGCUGUGCAAAAUUUGAGUUAUUUCAUUUUUUGUCAGUAUUUAUCAGUAGUUGCGUGAAAAGAAAACAAACUGAGUCUGUUAAAAAUGGCUGUUAGGGAAAUGUUUUGAUCAAAACAUUUCCCUAACAGCCAGUGUUUUAAUACUGAAAUUCUUUCCUUGUGGCGUGGCUUUAAGCCAUGAAGUGGGAAUGGUGGGUACCGAAGCUAGACCCGAUUAGAUCCACUAAAGUAGAGCACUAAAAAAGUUUAGUGUACUAUGUAUUGUAUGCAAUGUUUCUUUUACUGCUGUUUUUAAUCUGUAUAAUGCAUUUGUACUGAUUCAUAAGAAAAUGUCCGGCAUUGUUCCUAGACUGUAAGAAGUAUUGUAUAAUAAAAAUAACAAUAAUAUAUAAA